GUUGUGUUUUUAAUUGUAUCUGACAAUGUUUACCAACGGAGUUUAUUUUAAUGUAUAAAUAAAAUACAUUAUAUGCAGCAGCCAUUGGUGCGCUGUGCUUAUCAUUUAAUGAAUAUGCUGAAAAUAGGCCAGCUUCACUCUGCAUAUUUCUACCAUGCAAUGCGGCUUGUAACCUUCUCAGCUUUGCUUCACUAAGCACAGCUGUGGCAUCUGUUUGUACCGCAACAACAACCACCUGCAAAACUUUCUUUAGUGCGUUUCGACGAGAGCACCGAAGUCAAAGAUAUGUAUUGAAAUCCAAACCAGAAACAACUUGUUGACAAAGCCCAUCGGCAGCUACCUGUGCGCUAAUACCGCCCUGUUCUCGCUCUGUUUACAUAUUCUAAGUAAUCAUAAAACUACACGUCAGCAGUCCAAAUAGUGCAAACGAAUAUGCGUCAACUAAAGGGCAAGGUAAAGGAGACGCGUAAGCAAAAAAAGGAGCGCAAAUUGGAAAACGCACAAAUGCAAAGCAAAAUUGGAACUGUUGUAUUGCCGGCAUUAGGUGCUAUAGCCAUGAUGAUAGUGGCAUUUGUUUACCUGAAGACGAGACCUGCAGUUCUGGCCUAGAAGGUGGUGG